AUGCCAAGUGUAGUCACAUCGAAUAGUAGGAGGAAAAUCAACUAUGGCACAAGCUUGCACUCCAUCAGAAUGGGAGCUGGAGCUGACGAUGCAAACCCAACCGAUGCCCUCACUUUUUUUAUGGCAUCACCAAAAACAUCCUUCACCGUAAAGCUCACAAGAUACACGCUGAGCCCGCACCUCACAGCCUUGUCAAGGCUCUUAAGCUCCAACAUGUUGCGUCGAUUUUAUCGAAUACUUCGCCACCAUAGAUUCCACAUCUUCAGGCUUCAACUCUAUUGUGAACCGAGAAAUAUACCCAAAUUGGUACAGUGGGCAAUUAAGAUCAGGUGGCCACGGAAACUCGCCAAACUGAAAAUCAAAUCCUCAACAAUCAAUCUCUACACAUUAGUCGAAACAGUGUACCCGAUUUUCGUGGACUUGGUGGAUGAAAUCCUUGGCGACCUCGUCGGCUAUCUCAAAGCAGAGUUGUUGAUA